UCACACAUUUCGCGUGCCCCGCAGCUGUGCGUGCUCCGAUCUGUAAAGGACCAGCAUUCCCUGCUCAGCAUGCAAGCAGUCAGGCACGAGGUGGGACUGCGUGUGUCCGUGUGUACACUGUAACAGGAACGCCAAAACUCAAACUCAAAACAAUCAUCUCUCAAAUGACUGUGCAGCGGAAUUCGGAUUCGCAUUUCAGAAAGGUCUAGCUCAGUUCUCUCUACAACUAGUACAAGAUCCUUACGCUGGUGAAAUCUUGGGAGAACGCAGUCGAAAGCUUCACUCAUCCAAUCGUCGGCAACCUAGUUAGAGCGUACUAGUAUACCUUGGUAUACACUGCUGGCUUGGUGUUGGUGAAGUCCGGAGGAAACGAGCGGAUCUGUGUGAGGCUCCGGAGCUCCGCUUGACACCGACCCUAGUAGAGCGGAGUCGUCCUAGAUCCAGCGCCCCUCUCUUCACGCACACACUACCUCAUCGCAUGGUAGAUCUACAAGGUCACAGACACAGGGACUCCUGUUUCGUGGAGAGAGAGAGAGAGGGUGCAAAGUCAAACAUUCGCAGCGCGGCGGAGCGCCGUUUGCGCCGUUGCGCUCAGCGCUGGAUUUCUGACGCUGUCAAUUAUUUAGCUCGUCCCUUGAUAAUCUAGGGCGUUCAGUUUCGAGUUUUCCAGACAGCGGUAUGGUUGGAGAAAGUAUGCUGCCCUAUAUUGGACUGUUACUGUUGCUCGUGUGUUGUGCGACUGGCCAGAGUACGGCUGACCUAAACCUGGACGUGCUGAAUCCGCUAGUGUUCACCAGCGGUUCGGCGGAGGACUCGGCGUUCGGAUAUUCAGUUUCCUUCCAUCGCGCCAGCGGCAGCACGAGCGUGCUGAUUGGAGCGCCGAAUGCGGACAUUCCACAGAGCGCUCAGUUUGGUAUCAAUCAAACGGGAGCAGUGUAUCGAUGUGAUGCAACGCACGGCGCUACAUGCCAGCAAAUGGCCAUCGAUGUGACUGACAACCAGAGGUUUAACUCAACCAAAUUGCCCUACUACGAGGAGAAGAGCUACAUGAGACUUGGCUCUUCUCUGAUGACUUCAGGAGUGGAUGGUGUCCUAGUGACGUGUGCCAGCUCAUUUCAUCUUGGCUUCAAAGCAGUUAGCCCUCGUCCUGGUUAUACUCAACUCUGGGAUGUAGUGGGUAGAUGCUAUAUCCUACCUGCUGAUCUCAACGUCGCCAAUCAAGUGGUAUACCAGCCGUGUAAAAGCGACACAAUUGUGGCUAACAAACGACCAAACGGUGGAUUUUUCACGGAGCUUUCCAUGUGCUUAACGGGCGUCAACAUGGAUAUAUCACCGACCUUUCAGAACAUGGCCGAUCGCUCCAGUCUUUUAGUCAGCGCCUCGAACUUUCGAGACGGAGUCGGUACCCUUAUCAACACGGGUAUCGGCCUGCAAAGUGGCAGCCUUGUGGACACCAGUACUGAACAAACUCUACCACCGUACAUCUUUGAACGGCGUAACAGGCCGUUGUUCGAGCAGCAACUGCUCAGAAGAUCCUCCCAGACUGCCUGGGCGUCCACGCAGGGUGACUUCAACGGUGAUGGACUCCAUGAACUUGCUUUCAACAAGCCUCUUGCCAACCCAAUAUACGAUGGACCUGACUGGGCGAAAUUCCCCGUCAUCUUCCUGGUGCCUGUGGUGGGAGAUGAUUCUAUCAUGAGACCGUCCACGCAGACGUUUUCCUUCCCAAGCACCGUUCUGCCAGAGCCAUACCUUUUGGGACCGGGGCUUGAGGGAACGUUGAUCAAUGAGAGCAUGCCGGACCUGAAGCCGUACAUCCGCCUUCCAGCACAACAACGGUUUGAAUUUUUCGGCUUCACCAUGAUCACUUACGACACCAAUAAUGAUGGCAUGGAUGAGCUGUAUGUAUCAGCGCCAAUGUACAGUGUGGGUCUGGAUGGAGAUGAGACGGCCGACGUGACCAAUGGAAGGGUCUACGUGUACCAGCAAUCACUCACUGCGGCCACGAACACGGUGUUCGCCCAGAACCGACCAGCCACAGCACCACGCUAUAUGGAACUAGCCAAGCCUGAUCGCGUUCUCAUGACAGGCCAGAGUGAAGCACAGUUUGGUACCUCGAUGGCUAGACUGGGUGACCUCAACAAGGAUGGAUACAAUGACGUGAUCAUUGGCGCACCAUACCAGACGAGCGGCAAGGGUGCAAUCUUCCUUUUCCUCGGCUCACCGACUGGUCUAGCGCAGCACCAGGAGAUCACCCCUAGCUUGCUGGGAGAACCUGGACUCCUGUCAUUUGGCUACUCUCUCAGUGCCGGUGUAGAUGCCGACAGCAAUACUUACAAUGAUGUUCUUGUCGGUGCUCCCAACUCCAAUAGAGUAGUAGCUAUCCUGACACGCCCCGUUCUGCACCUGAACGUCACCAUGACCAUGUCAAGCAUAGCGAACUUCUCGUCGGCUGGGGCUUGCGCUCCUCCCAACCAAGCCCUCACAUGCGUCCCAAUUACGGUCUGCUUUGAGCCAACCAGCGACAGACCCAUAGCUCUUCCGAUAGUUGCUCGGUACACGUUGUCAAGCGUGACAAUGUCCGCCCAGCGACAGCCCAAUCUUCUGUUCCAGCCGUUCGUGCCCGGCGUGCGUAAUGUCAGUCGUGUAGCUCAACUCGACAGUAGCAUAACUAUCAGCAGUCACGCCACACCUGCCUGCGCUACACACAACAUCUACCUUGAAACCGUACUAAAUCGUCCAUGCCGGCAGUCCCAGUUCUCAUUUACCUGGCAAACAGACGUGCCGGCCAGCACGCGCACAAACCUGGCUCAUGUUGUCAUCGAGAACACACAAGGACCGCUAGUCGGAAAUGUGACGUUUGUUGACGACUGCCCCACCUGUCGACCUGACCUGUACUUCUCACAGUUGCAAGCUGUUGGUGGAUUGGACCGGGCUUCGGACAACACUGUGUUCGCCGGCCCGGGCUUUCCGACAACGCUGACGCUCACCAUAGAGAAUCGUGGAGCGGUGAUCGGCUGCAAUCCAAACCUGACUCUGCACCUAGACGCGCCUGUUUCCGUGGAUACAGGCGAGGGCGAGAUUCUGCCAUGCACAAGCCGUGCAUACCCGACUGCCUUCACUCAGUGUCGACCACGUAGAACCCUCUACCCCGGCAGAGCUAGCCGUCUUACUUACAUAUUGGACGGUAGUAACCUGACAUUGGAGUCACCGACCAUCACUCUAACAUCUUCCAUCAUGAGCUCUAACCCCAUGGAUGAGCAAGCAGCAACGCUAGCCGACAACGUUCGUCAGCUAACACUCUCCGUCAGAUCCACUGCAUCGCUGGUUUCUCUUGGUGGUGCAAACCCUAGCUCGAUCAACGUCUCUUCAACGUCCGACGCUGGAAGAACGGAUCAGGCUAUUCACACACAUACCGUAAUCAAUCUUGGACCUGGUCAUGCACCGGCAUCAUCUAUUGAAAUCACCUACGGGCUGUCUGUACCGGGAUUACAGUUUGCUACGCUGGAGAAUGUACAAGGAACUCGUCGUAAUAUCCGCUGUGACUACGAGUCCGGUAUUGAGAGUGACAUUACGGGUAUUGCUUCCAACGGCACAAUUGCCUAUCGAGUAGAGCGUCUUACAUCUUCCCAGUCUUCAGCUGGCAGUGGAUCUGUGUGCACUACGGUGUGCAAGAUGACGUGUGAAAUCCCGGCACUCCGGAGUGGCGAGUCAGCCGGUCCUCGUCUCAUUUUCAAACUGCAAACAGGACCAUUGAGAAAUGGAGGACAUCUUAGCAGCAGUCUGAAGUUCACCAGCACAUCCCGAGUGGUUAGCGUAAAAGAAGUGACAGGCUUCACAGCUAACCUGACCACGAUGAACACUAUGGGCAGUUCAACAACAAAGCUGGCUGUAGUUGGCGGUGGUGAGGACGGUGGUAUCAACGUUCUCUACAUCAUCCUGCCAAUCGUCAUUGUCCUGCUUAUCAUUCUCCUGGUCAUACUCAUUCUGCGGCACCAAGGUUUCUUUGAGCGUGGAAAACACUUGGAAGAGCUGAUGUUGACCAGCUCUCAAGCAGUCAUGGGUGCUAUAGGAACAAGCGCGGACGGCAUGUAUCGUAAAUCCGUCCCACCACCGGCCCAGAACUCGGAGAACGGCGGUGGUAACGCUCGUACACGCGAUCGUCCAUCGCUGACGCGUCAAGAGUCAUCCAUAUAAAUUAUAAUAGGCACACGCACACGUUGUCCUUGCAACCCUGCACGAGUGGCAGCCCAGUGCUGUAUUUGCACUGCACUGCUGAGACAUGGUGUCACUGUGAUGUCGCUAUGAUGUCACCAUGACCUCACCAUGAUGUACUCAGGUAGCCGAGAUGGUUAGAUGCGCUGGGUGUGUGGCAUGCAUUAUGGUAGUGCCACUACACUCCAGCAACACAGCCACUACCAGCCCAACUGCCGUCACCAACUCUGCCGCAGUGCAUUAAGUCUUCACCACAACAGCAGCACCGUUGCUGUUGAACUACUUCAUCCUUGCACUCAGCACUCUUCUUUCUCCUUGAAGACGCCGUCUCUUUUUCACGACCGUGUCCACAUCAUUCCACUGUGCACACACUGUACAUCCAAUAGCAUAGGAAAUCAACGUUAUAGACUGUAUGCACAAUGCUGCAAUCCUACAGAGCACAUAGCUUUUCUCCGCUCUCGUCUUAUUGGUGUUGCCAUAGGAACCAAUAUCAUUGUUCAGACCUAACUCUCGUGCUCAUUCCCAUCAAACCUAAACUGUCCUCUCAAGUAAUUACCCGCCUUCAUGCUCGUGCCAUUCCUGAUCUAGUAGAGCGCAAUACAUUAUUUUUUGUUUUAUAGCGCGCGCUUCUUACAGCGGGUGUCCUAAGCUGCACUGGACAAUAUGCAGCUACUGACGCCCGGCUACUAGUAGACCAUUAUUGCGUGCGUAACUUUCCGCUAUCCUGAUUCAUGAUGAUGUUUCUAUCUUGCUGGUGCCUUUAGGUUAUUUUUAUAAUGCUAGUUAUCCGACUUGAGUCUCCCAUUAUCAUCACAUCUUUUGAUUUCAAUUUAUACAUAGAUCCCUCUCUCACUUAGAGCAAAAGCACGAUCCACAUUUUCAAUUUCCCUCCAUGGUGACAAUUGAUAAAUCCUGCAAGCUCAAUGCUCAAUGGUUUUGCCUGCCUUCAGUCCGCGCAUCUAGUCUCAAAA